AUGAAGCUUCAACAUGAAACCUCCGAUGCCGAGGCGCUGGUCUCGGCAGCAUCAAAGAACCUCUCGUCCUCUUCAUCGGCAUUUGUUUCAGCAAACCAGUCCCCUUUCUUCACGCCACGGUCACUGUCUGCCCGUGUCCCGGAGCACACUGAUCCUGAGAACAAGUGCCCUUCCAAUGGCAUUGCGCUGAAAAUCUGUGAUAUACUCUCUGGUGAUUCCUUCACACCACAGGAGCAGUUACCAUCAGCUAGUGUCGGGGUCUUGCCGUCAGAUGUGUCUCCUCCUAUUAGCCUCUGCACUUCAAGCAACUUUGGCACUCCAGCGAUUGUCUACAACAAUCCCAGCUUUGUUUCUACUUUCAAUGGCCCAUGCCAAGGUAGUUCAUCAGCGACCAGCAAUGGUGGUCGUUCUGCUCCGAAGGAAAAACACAAGAGGCUAGGGGGGAUAUAUCGGAAAUCAUCAUCGUCCCAACCGACAACAUCAGCGGCCUCUGUCAGUAGGAUUCGCAGUUACGAUGUGUACAUUGGAUUUCACGGCCGCAAGGCUUCACUGCUGAGGUUCACAAACUGGCUCCGUGCAGAACUAGAGAUCCAUGGAAUCAGCUGCUUUGUUUUUGACAGGUCUAGAUGCCGAAAUUCUCGCAGCCACGAUGCUGUCGAGAGGAUAAUGAAUGCUUCCACCUAUGGAGUUGUUAUCCUCACGAAGAAGUCAUUUGGCAACCCUUAUACCAUUGAGGAGCUCAGGAACUUCUUUGGUAAGAAAAAUCUUAUCCCUAUAUUUUUCGACUUGGAUGCAGCUGAUUGCCUUGCCAGGGAUAUCAUCGAGAAGCGAGGAGAAUUGUGGGAGAAACAUGGCGGUGAGCUGUGGAUGUUGUAUGGUGGGAUGGAACAUGAGUGGAUGGAAUCAGUUGAUGCUCUUUCUCGGGUGGUAGAUGUGCAAUUAGAAGCAAAUGAUGGCAACUGGAGAGAUUGCAUACUGCAAGCAAUCAUUCUUUUGGCCACAAAAUUAGGCAGGAGAAGCGUGGUUGAUAGGGUGAACAGGUGGAAAGGGAGGAUGGAGAAGGAGGAAUUCCCUUUCCCUCGUAACGAUGAUUUUGUCGGCAGGAAAAAAGAGCUCUCUGAAUUAGAACUCAUUUUGUUUGGUGAUGUCACGGGAGAUGGAGAAAGAGAAUAUUUUGAGCUCAAGACAAAGCAGAGAAGAAAAGGCCUUGCAGUUAGGCGGUCUACUAACAAUCAUGAGCACGUAAAUACCGAUGACAGCAAAGGUAAGGAGCCAGUUUCUUGGAAGGAGACUGAGAAAGAUAUUGAGAUGCAGAGAUUGGGUAGUCCAUUGCGGCAUGGGCGUCCAGUGAGAGUGAAGAAUGGCGUAAGGUGUGGAAGGAAAAAAAGAUCUAGGAAGAUACUUUAUGGUAAGGGUAUUGCUUGCAUAUCAGGGGAGCCUGGAAUUGGCAAGACAGACAUGGUUUUGGAGUAUGCAUAUAGAUUCUUCCAGAGAUACAAGAUGGUUCUGUGGGUCAGAGGGGAAAGCCGAUAUAUUCGACAGAACUAUUUGGCUCUGCGAACUUUUCUGGAAGUUGACUUAAGUGUAGGUACUCACUUGCAUGAAAAGGGAAGUGAUCGAUGCUUUGAAGAGCAAGAAGAGGAAGCCAUUGCCAAAAUUCGUCAAGAAUUGAUGCGCGACAUACCAUUCUUAGUCAUAAUUGAUAAUUUGGAGAGUGAGAAGGACUGGUGGGAUAAGAGAGUCAUAAUGGACCUUCUGCCACACUUUGGUGGGGAGACUCACUUUAUCAUAACAACACGUCUUCCACGAGUGAUGAACUUGGAACCAAUGAAGCUUUCUUAUUUAUCUGGUGCUGAGGCAAUGGCUUUAAUGAAGGGAGGUGUCAAGGACUAUCCACUGGUGGAAACUGAUGCACUCAAAAUCAUUGAGGAAAAGCUUGGAAGACUACCUCUUGGCCUAAGUAUUGUUGGAGCUAUACUCUCAGAGCUUCCAAUCACUCCAACUAGGCUACUUGACACAUUGAAUCGUACACCGCUCAUCAGGAAUUCUUCAUGGAAUGACAGAGAAGUUCUCAGCUUGAAAAAUCAUGAAAUCCUUGUCCGGCUGCUGGAUGUGUGCUUAUCAAUAUUUGACCAUGCAGAUGGUCCUAGGAGUCUGGCAACUCGGAUGGUUCAAGUAUGUGGUUGGUUUGCACCCUCUGCAGUUCCAGUUCACAUGUUGGCUUGGGCUGCACACAAAGUCCCAAAGAAGCACCGGAGGGGUCCAAGGUGGAGGAAGUGGUGGCGAACACUUACUUGUGGCCUUGCAACUUCUAGGAUGAAGAGAUCUGAAGCUGAAGCAGCUGCAAUGUUAAUAAGGUUUGGAAUUGCCAGAUGCAGUGCAAAGCCUGAACAUGUACAGUUCCAUGAUCUGAUCAGGCUAUAUGCUCGAAAGCGAGGAGGCACAAGAACAGCUCAGGCCGUGGUCCAAUCAGUGUACCUCCAAGGCUCAAUCAAACUUUCCUCCGAGCACCUGUGGGCUUCGUGCUUCAUGGUUUUUGGAUUUGGUUCUGAUCCUCUGUUGGUAGAACUGAGACCAUCUGAACUAAUGUUCUUUGUGAAACAGAUUGUCAUGCCACUUGCAAUACACACAUUUAUAACAUACUCCCGCUGUAACGCAGCACUAGACCUGCUUCGCCUGUGCACUGAUGCAUUAGAGAGAGCAGCUGAGUCCAUGCUUGUUCAUGCUGGAAAAUGGAGAGAAACAUCAUUCUCCUGCUUUAGGCAAGCUCAUUCAGAAGCCCAGUACACUUAUCUUUGGCAGGAGCUGGCUCUUCUGAAAGCUUCUGUACUGGAAACAAGGGCCAAGCUGAUGCUCCGGGGUGGACAAUAUGACAUUGGAGAUGACCUGAUAAGAAAGGCGAUAUUUAUCCGCACUUCUAUCUGUGGCGAGCACCAUCCUGACACUGUUUCUGCUCGAGAAACCCUCAGUAAACUCACAAGGCUUCUUACAACUGUUCAGCUUAGUUGA